AUGUACAGGAGACUAAUACAUACAGGUAAUAUGAAUAGAUCAUCUGCUGUCUGGUCUGAUUUUACUACAAGGUCUAAAUCGUUAGGUAUAUCGUCAGUAGCAAUUAAAGAAGGUGUCCUUCAUGGUGAUAAAGUUACAGGUGGUCCAAUUUCUCUAAAGAGAAAGACAAAUCGUAUGAAAUAUAACUCACCGGCCCUUAUUGACGAAACCUUUAAGACAUGUUAUGAAUUUUUACAAGAUAGGUCUGGAGCAACUUAUAAAUAUGCUAGUAAAGAGACUAUCAAACCAGCAUCGAUGGAGAAAUUAUUAGUAAAAGCUGAGAUAACAAACCCAGAAGUGCAAUACAAUUUCCAAUUUGGUGAUAAGUUAGAUAAUUUACCUACUAUGAUUGAUUAUAAUCAACCAGUUUACAGACAUCUUGGUAAAAAACAUUGGGAAUCGUAUAAACUGAUGUUAUUGAUGCAAAGAUUAGAAUCAUUGAAGGUUAUUCCAGAUACUUUACCAACAUUAAAACCUCGGGCUGCAGUCGACAUUAAAUUUCCUUAUUCUACAGGUGUUAAUCAAUGGAUAGAGCCAGGGAAGUUCUUAUCUUCUGGUGUAACGUCCUUAGAACCAAUAUUUAAAAUUCAAGAAUAUGAAUUAGUCAAUCCAAAGGAACAACUGUACACUAUUCUUAUUGUGAAUCCUGAUGAACCAGAUUUAAUGAAUAAUUCUUUCAAAACUACUUUAUCUUAUGGAUUAACCAAUGUGAAGAUUGAUUACAACGAUAAUGUUGUGGAUUCAAGAAAAUUCUUUGAACGUAACAUUUUAGCUAAUUACCUUCCACCAGUUCCAGAAAAGAAUGCAGGUAUUCAGAGAUUCGCAGUUUGGGUGUUUAGACAGUCUCUAAAUGAGGAAACUGGUAAAUGUUGUGCUCUAGAUACAGAAGCUGCUACGCCAUUAAUUGACAGAGACAAUUUUGAUAUAAGGGGUUUUGUUCAAGCUAAUCAACUGGAUCCAAUCGGAGCUCAUGUUUGGAGAAGUAAAUGGGAUAGUAACGUCAAUAAUAUUAGAGAACAAUACAAUUUACCAAAGGGUAGAGUAUUUUCUAGAGUGCGUGUCUAA